CCAAAUUGUGUAUGAGAGAGAGCGAAGAUGAUGGAAUUUGACGAAGACGAGGAAUUUCUCUCACAAGUGGCCGCUGCCGAGGCCGCAGCGCUUUCUUCGUCCAAGCGUCGCCGGAUCUCCACCACCGUAACUCCUACCUCCAUUUCCACCUCCGCCGCGAAUUCAUCGAAAAUCACCUCUACCGCCCUGCAAAACAGAAACAAUAGCACCGUCAGUCUCGGAGAAGGGGCAUACAUCGCGGCUCUAAAAGGCAGUAAAAGUCUCGAAUUCCAACAGCAAGCGAAAAUCUUUUCACCUUCUUCUGUACCACGCCAAAACUAUAACCCCUAUAGCACAAGCUAUCAGAGCAAUUCUUCGUUUCCGACCUCGGAUUCCGGCAAUACAUGCUUCAAGUGUGGUAAAUCUGGGCACUGGGCGCGCGAUUGCGAUGCCGGUCCGAUUAAUGAUGAAUACGGUUCCGCGAGUAUCCCUGAGAAGAAAUGUCCGUGUGGAUUAGGGAUUUGCAUCACCCUCACCGCCAACACUGACAAAAAUCGCGGUCGGAAGUUCUACAAAUGUCCUAGCAGACAGGAAAAUGGAGGUUGUGACUUCUUUGAGUGGUGUGACAAGCCUUCAGUUACUUAUAACACAGCCAUCCAAAACAACUCUGCUACAAAUUUUUCGAUCCCCGCGCUUUCAUGUCCAUGUGGUGCCGGUCCUUGCCGUGUUCUCACAGCAAAAACAGGGAACAAUAUUGGCCAGCAAUUCUAUCGCUGUCCAAGUCAGGAAAGCUGUGGUUUCUUCAAAUGGUGUAAUGAAAUCACAAACGCAGCUGGAUCAACAGAGUCACGGAAAGCUCCUCAGUUUUAUCAAAGCACGAAUAAUAUGUCCAACAAAAGUCAUAAUUCAGCUACUUGUUUCAAAUGUGGGAAAGAAGGGCACUGGGCUAAAGAUUGUGUGCAGUCUCCUACUGAUAGAGGUGGGAAAUUGAACAGCAUGUGCAACAAAAGCCAUAACUCUGCGACCUGUUUCAAAUGUGGGAAGGAAGGGCACUGGGGAAAAGAUUGUACACUCUCGUUUUCGCUGUCCUCUCCUGCUGAUGGAGGGGGGAAAUCCACCACUGUGACUACAUGCUUCAAGUGUGGCAAGCCUGGGCAUUGGGCAAACAACUGCACUUCUGUUGUUGCCAAAAGACAGCCUAGAUGCUAGAGCUAAGUAAGUAGUCUUCCUUGCACUUCCAAAUAACUGAGAAUCUCGAUUCCUUGAAUCAGCUGAUUCGCAUUUUGGUUGGAGGUUAAGUUGAAAACUUGCAACACAUUAUGUGAUGCAAAUUUUUCAUCCCCUCCGCGUACGUAUUAGUGUUUAUGCAGUAUUCAUUUAGUUUAUGAGGGAGCUCUGCAUUUUUUGAAGAUGCAAUCAGUGGCAUUUUUAUUUUGUGUCAUUUUCCCUGUGAACAUUGCUAUUUGGAGCAAGUAAUAUUAGCUUGUAAUGGAAGUGGAACAAAGUUCUUGGGGCCACAAUGAUGAGGUUAUUUUGGGG